CCGAUAAGCCUCUGAGUAACAGAGCAAAGGUUGGUUGAGAGCACAGAGGCGAAACAAAGCUUGACCGUCCGUCAAUAAAGAGACCCACCCACGUCUGUGCGCGCGCGCUCUGCCAGUCUGCUCUUCCUGGAUCUGACUUUCGCAUCCACCCAAUCUCUCAAGAUGAGUUACCCAGGCUACCCUCCACAAUCUGGCGGAUACCCCCCUCAAGCAGGCGGCUAUCCUCCACAACCAGGAGCGUAUCCACCCCAAUCAGGAGGCUACCCUCCAGCAGCAGGAGGCUACCCACCAGCAGCCGGUGGCUACCCCCCGGCAGGAGGCUACCCUCCGGCAGGAGGCUACCCCCCACAGGCAGGAGGUUACCCCCCACAGGCGGGAGGUUACCCACCCCAGGCUGGAGGAUACCCCCCCGCUGCAGGUGGUUACCCUCCAGCAGCGGGGGGCUUCCCUCCCCAAGCAGGCGGCUACCCUGCACCAUCAGGAGGCUUCCCUCCCCAAGCAGGAGGAUACCCUCAGCCUGGAGCGGGAGGAUAUCCCUCCAUGCCUCCAGCAGGUGGAGGCUGGGGUGCAGCACCAGGUGGCUCUGGCAUGCCAGGAGGACCUCAGCAGGGAUACCCAGUGGGCCCCACUCCAAGUCAGCCCAUGCCAAGUUAUCCUGGACCCUCGCCAGGUGGAGUUCCAGCCAACCCUCAAGCACCAGCCAUUCCUAAAGGAUACAGGGGCUCCAUCAAAGAUUUUCCAGGCGCUGACCCACUCAGGGAUGUUGAGGUUCUCAGGAAGGCGAUGAAGGGUUUUGGCACUGAUGAAAAUGCAAUCAUUGAACUUCUGGGAAAUCGCACCAGCAAGCAGAGGGUUCCACUGGUAGCAGCCUACAAAACCACCUACGGGAAAGAUUUAUUCCGUGAUCUGAAGUCUGAGCUCACUGGAAACUUUGAGGAUUUGGUUCUUUCCAUGCUGAAGACUCCGACUCAGUUUGAUGCGUCUGAACUCAGAGAAGCCAUAAAGGGUGCAGGAACUGAUGAAGCUUGCUUGAUUGAGAUUUUGUCCUCACGUUCCAAUGCGGAAAUUAUUGAAAUCAACAAAGUCUACAAAGCUGAAUAUGGAAAAACCCUGGAGGACUCCAUCAGCAGUGACACCUCUGGUCACUUUCGUAGACUCCUGGUUUCUCUUUGUCAGGGUAACCGUGACGAACGGGAGACCGUUGACAUUUCUUUAGCCAAGCAGGAUGCUCAGAAACUGUAUGCAGCUGGAGAAAAUAAAGUGGGAACUGAUGAGUCUCAGUUUAACGCCAUCCUGUGCGCCCGCAGCAAACCUCACCUGCGGGCAGUUUUUCAUGAGUACCAGCAGAUGUGUGGAAGGGAAAUUGAGAAGAGCAUCUGCAGAGAAAUGUCUGGAAAUCUGGAGGACGGCAUGGUGGCCGUUGUGAAAUGCAUCAAGAACACACCUGCCUACUUUGCUGAAAGGCUGCACAAGGCCAUGAAGGGCGCAGGAACCAAGGACAGAACCCUGAUCCGCAUAAUGGUGUCGCGCUCUGAGGUGGACAUGCUAGACAUCCGACAGGAGUACCUGAAGACAUACGGAAAGUCGCUGUACACUGACAUCUCUGGUGACACAUCUGGAGAUUACAAGAAGCUGCUGCUGAAGCUGUGCGGUGGAAGUGACUAGACUGAAGAAGCAGCAACUGCUCUCAUCGGGACAUUACAUACGUCCACACGCAAGAAAAAAAAGAAAGUUAAUUACCAGAUUGAGGAUUCAAUGCCAUGUAACAGCAUGCAACUAAUUUUAGUAGCACUUAUAGCUAUUAAUCGUUGAAAAAUUAGAUGUCAAAAUAUGCAUCUAAUGCUUGUGUAUGUGCCUAAACAUUUUGUACUCAGCAAAAAAAAAAAAA